AUGACUUUUCAAUCUUACGUGCAAAAAGUUGGUGAGAGAUUGCUUUUCUCCUUUGAUCCUGUCAAUGUUUCAAAUUGUCAAUUUAUUAAUUUGAAAAACAAUGCAAUUUCUGGCGGAGCAAUUAUAUGUUUUGCUGCUAUGAGGCUUCUAAACUGCGAAUUUCAUGGAUGUCUUGCAAAAAAUGGAGGAGCAAUCGCUGUUCACAGUUCAUUUUUCGGAAAUUACUUAACAUUUAAAUCAUGCGAAUCUAUAAACAAUGCAGGUACCAUAUAUCAUCAAAGUAAAUAUGUAAACGAGUUUAAUUUAAACGCUACAGCCGUCAUAAGUAGCAAAUCGCCAUAUUUUGGCUCAAUCGUCAAAAGAUCGCUUGGCUCAACAAUUGUAAGCUCUUUAAAUAUCUCAAAUUCGCAAGCAACAGAGUGUGUUGGAUCAUUUGAAUUUGAAAAUGGUCCAACUUUAAUUUCUUUCUUAAAUAUUGACAGAUCUAAAGCUAAUGCGCAUAAUGGAGCUGGAUGCAUCCGCUCUCCAGUAGCUUUAGACAUAAAAUAUUCGAUUUUCAAAUAUUGUACGCAUAAUUCUUACAUAGACAAUGUUGCAACAGCAUUAAUAAUAUACUCAAGUUCAUUCCAAUCAAAAAUUACCGAUACAUACUUUGUUUUUUGUCAAAAUCAAAACACAAAUACGCUAACUGUUGCAGAUGGAAGCCCUGUUAAGGUACAGUCGUGUUACUUUACUGGUACAAGAGAGGAAGAGCUCGGAAAGCAGGUUCUUGUCGAUGUUUCUGACACAACUUUCGGAGGAACUUUCCGACUUCCACAUUUUUCAUACAGGGAAAUUGGUUUUCAGAAAGGAAUUCAAAUAGACGAUAAUAUUUACAACAGUGAUCGUAUUUUUAACUCAGCAACAAUUUCUCUCUUGAUUGGCUUAACAAUUGCUGUUUCUUUCACUUUCAUUCACAUGAAAUUCCAUAUUGUAUUUAAUAAGCUUACAAAGCUUAAUAGAGAAAUGCUUUAA